AUGGUAAUGUGCAUCAAAACAGGACGCAAAUGUGAUGGAUACGAUCCCAAACAGACCAAUCCACAGGCGCAGCAGAGAACUGUAAUCGAUCCUGUCCCCGAGGCCUGGACUAAACUCAGCGCCGACCAGCGCCUCGUCUUGCGCCCGGGAACGCGAGAAGAACGACAGUAUAUAGAGUUCUUCUGCACCCGGACAUCGCGCGCACUUUCUGGCUUCUUUGAUUCAGAUCUCUGGGGAUAUGUCUUGCCCCAAUUGAGUCACUCUGAGGCCGCCAUCCGGCACGCAGUCAUCGCUCUGGGGGCUCUCCAUCAACAUCUACAUAUAGUUCUCUCGAAAGACAGAUGUGAUCCCGGGCGGAAGAUCGCCCCCCAAAAUGAACAGUUUAUUAUUCAGCAGUACAACUCGGCGAUCCGACAUUUGGUGACACAACUGUCGUCCGCAAACCAGGUGCCGCAUCUGACCCUGAUUGCCUGCUGUUUAUUUGUCUGCCUGGAGAUUCUCAGUGGACAGGUCGGCAAAGCUCUGGACCAUAUCGAAGCUGGCCUGAAGAUUGUUCAGCGAUGGGAGAACGAUCCAAACGGAAAACUGCAGUCGGAAGGGAUUACUCGAGAACUAACGUACACCGUCGUCCGUUGGAAUACCCAGCUCUCCAAGCAUGGAAGGAGGAUGAUUUCCCUCAAUCUCAGCCAACUGGAUCCAGCAGAUUCGGUGGGAAAAUCAGAGACCUGGUCGGAUAUCUCAGCAGCCAGACAUUCACUCGACGUCCUGAUCAACCGCGCGAUCAGCUUCGUGGAGACCGUGGGCACCGACCGGAAGACGAGAGGGUCGCCCUGGCAGGUUUGUCGGCAACAGGCGCUCCUCCAAGAUUUCGCCGCUUGGCUGAGCGCAUUCGAUAGUCUGAUGAAGCGAUCUGGCAGACGUCUCAAGAAGACCGAUCCUCGCGGACCCUUGGUGCUGCGCAUCCAUCAUCGCACCAACCAAGUUAUAGUGGCCGUCGCCCUGUCCAGAGACGAGCUCAUAUUCGACCAGCUCGACGACGACUUCAGGGCUAUCGUUGCGUACGCCGAGGAGCUGAUCGAGCUCAAUGCAUCACUGGACAGGGACUCUCUGCUGACUGUCUUUUCCUUGGAGACCGGACUCAUCUCUUCGCUGUGCUACACGGCUAGCAAGUGUCGCAAUCCGGUACUCCGGCGAAAGGCAAUCAGCCUGCUGUACCGCUGCCCUCAGAAGGAAGGGCUGUGGAGCAUGCAGCAAUAUGCGAUCCUCGCGCGGAUCAUCGUGCAGGUCGAUGAAGAAGCGGUGGCUCAUCUGCCGCUGGAGCAGCGGAUUCCCGAAGAUCGGCAUCGCGUGUAUACAGCGCACGUUGAGAACAGGACUUGUCAAUCAUGUCGAUUAGUUCUGAGGCGCAUGCCUGAGGCUGAUGAUGUAGAUUGGCAUUGUCGAAUCAGGGAUGUGGAUUUCGCAACUGAGGUCCAAGCAGAAAAUCCCAGCUUUUUCACAGAAGCUGGUAUCAGCUGGGAGAUUUGA